GCAAACGGGCCUACGGCUGCGGCAUCGAGCUCCAGGCCCAGCGACCACAUUUGCCGGCCUUGUGCCCUGCUCUACAGCCGCAGGGGAUGUCUCCGAGGCAGCAGCUGCCCAUACUGCCACGAGCACACACAUAGAAGUUCCCGUGGAGGAGAUGUACAGCAUCGUCCGCGAAAGACCUUGCGAAACAAGAUCAAAGGCAAAAUGCAGGAGCAGCUGAACGAGUUCGAUCGAUCCCCCGAAAGAGUUCAUGACGAAUGGCAAGUGCUGGUACAGCAUUGUCCAUACGCCUGGAAUUACUUGUCAGGCCUUCUUGAGCGUGCAGACACUGCAGCGGCGAUGGGCGCCACAGGAAACCAUGUGCCAGCUGCAGAUGAUGGCAGCACCGGAGGUCCCCUCUUCACCCAACUGGAAGACGUGCUUUCCGGUGCGGUGCAACUCCAGAACGACAUGAUCUUCUCUGUGUAA